AUGUUCCUGUGGUUCUUGAUAUCGUCUGCGCUGUUCAUAUUAUCAUGGUUUGUGGUGCUGAGAUCAACCGGCUUGUCGCGUUCCGUUGAUUUUGCUAUAUUGCCGAAUUCCAAGCUCCAUGAAAUUCUAGCGAAUGACAAUACCGAUAAAACCCGGAGUAUAGGUGGGGACUCGAAUGCGAAUUCAAGAAAAUGUUAUUCGAAUGAUGUGCCGAUGCCCAUUCUCAAGGUUUACAUGUAUGAUUUGCCUUCGGAAUUUCAUUUCGAUCAGUUGGGCUGGAAAAAUUCCGGCAAGGGUGUUUGGCCCGAUAUUCGUGUAGAGGUUCCUGAAUAUCCAGGUGGGCUGAACUUGCAGCAUAGCAUUGAGUACUGGUUGACUUUAGAUCUCCUGAGCUCGGAAUUCGCUGAUAACAUGAAAGGGCGUAGUGCAGUACGAGUAAAGAAUGCUAUUGAAGCCGAUGUUAUUUUUGUUCCCUUUUUUUCUUCCAUAAGCUAUAAUCGGGGCUCGAAGGUGAAGCCCGGCCAGAUGAGGAGUACUAAUGUUGUAUUACAAGAGAAAUUGGUCAAAUAUUUGAUUGCCCAAGAGGAAUGGAAGAAGACUGGCGGAAAAAAUCAUGUGAUUGUUGCUCAUCAUCCAAAUAGUCUUCUGGAUGCAAGAAUGAAGCUAUGGCCUGCGAUGUUCAUUCUAUCGGAUUUUGGGAGGUAUCCUCCAAACAUAGCAAAUGUCGAGAAAGACGUUAUUGCCCCUUACAGGCAUGUUAUUAGGAGCUACGUGAACGACUCGUCUGAUUUUGAUAGCCGGCCAACCUUACUCUAUUUCCAGGGAGCUAUAUAUAGAAAAGAUGGCGGAAUAAUCCGGCAAGAGCUAUACUACAUGCUACGAAACGAGUCGGACGUGCAUUUCUCGUUCGGCACCUUUCAGAAAGACGGGGUCCACCGGGCCUCCAAAGGCAUGCGGUCUUCCAAAUUCUGCCUCAACAUAGCUGGGGACACCCCUUCCUCUAACCGACUUUUCGAUGCCAUUGCCAGUCACUGUGUGCCAGUCAUCAUAAGCGACGAAAUCGAGCUUCCCUAUGAAGACGUGCUCGACUACUCACAAUUCUGCGUGUUUGUCCGCACUUCGGACGCCCUAAAAAAAGAUUUCCUGCUCAACCUAAUAAGGAGUGUAGGGAGAGAAGAGUGGGCAAGAAUGUGGAGUCGGCUGAAAGAGAUUGAACAAUUUUACGAGUUUCAGUACCCUUCACGAGAAAAUGACGCGGUUCAGAUGAUCUGGCAGGCGGUUUAUAGGAAGGUUUUUGCAGUCAGGAGAGAAAUUCAUAGAGCUCGGCGGUUUUCACGGACGGAUUUGGUGGCAUGA